AUGCGUGCUCAACAAGAACUACAUGCUGAAGCACAAGCUGAGCAAACGUUGUUGGACAUUCUUCGAUUGUUUGAGACUCAGAGUACCAUAAACCUCCGCAACCUGACCCGAUUACUCCGAUCUGCGAUUUGUGUCGCCUACACGUUUGGUCUACCAAAACGUAACCGCCGAACGAGCUACUUUAUGAAUCACUAUAAGACUACGCUGAGCGCUGCUUGGCGGUCUAAAGCCACUGUCUCCAUGAUCCCAAUGCUUAUUCCACUCACCAUAGAAUACUUGGCGAUUCCUACUUCUUCGGGUAUCGGUUGCUGUGACAUGGAAAAACUUGGGAACUCCAACGUCCCAAAGUCUGCUUUGCAGCUGCUCAGUCUUUCGAAGGUGCCCGAUAUUCAUCUGCGUUCUUUUAUCGUACUCACUGAUCCCCGCGGAACAUCCUGCGACAGCCUCUCCUAUGUGGACAUUGGUGCAAUCGCUACCGCCUACAAACUAGUACAAUGUAUUUUGACGCGUUUUCCAGCCGAUAGUCUAGCAUUUUCCGCGCUUUGGCCCAACGGAUACUGUUUGACUGGUCCACUCCGGUCACACAGCUUUUUGCAGUUGUUCUGUAAACCACCACAUCGAAAAGAACCGUAUUCCUCUGUUGUUUAUUAG